AUGAAGACGUCGCAGUGCAAGGAAAACAAGUCAAAAACAGAGAUGUCCACUGUACCUUCAACGUGUGCCUGUGACAUUUGUCCUCUAAGCUCCAGGUUUUUGCCAGAUGAUGAUGAUGCACCCCUCAGUGCCACUCCCAGCUCACCCCGUUAUCCCAAAGUUGCCACGCACAAUGUAAGCUGUCAAACAGACGAAUCCUCCGCCGCUCCUUGCAGUGCUUGUCAUCAAGCACAGUCUUCUAUUAGAAAGACGGGCAAUGUUCUGGUAGAACUUCUCCAGGGUGAGGGGUUGCCCUCUUCUUUACACCCACUAUUAGUUGCUGUGCAGGACACUGUGGGACCAAUGACAGCAGUUGAUGUCACGCAGUGGGCCAGUGAGCAGCUCAGAGAUCUGCGCCGACUGACGAAACACGUACAAGAUGUGCGCGAUACAGUUGAGCCUCUUUCAAAGAAACUAGCAGCAGUAGAAGCAGAUCGAGAGAAAUUAAGGGGCGACGCGGAACUUGCACAGACAAAACUCGAGGAAGACGUGGAAAAACAGAAAUCCAUAAUUCAUCAGUUGGAGGUAGCAUCACAGAAAGCACAGAAAACCAUGAACGAAAGUAAGCAAAGGCUAUCAGAUGAGUGUCAGCAACUCAAGAGAGAAUAUGCAUCCCUGAAGAAGAGUUAUUCCGAUCUGACAGAAGCAGCAGCAAUACAGCAAGAUAGACUGCAAGACCUUGAGCGUCAUAAGAAUACUCUGCAGGAGCAACUCAAAACACUGCGCGUAAAGGAAGAGACUUGCUGUGAACUACAAGAGAGGAUCCAGCAGUUUGAAAGUCAACUCUGCGAGGCUGAUCUACUUCUCGAGAAAGAGAAGGCCAAGUACCACAGCGCGUGUCGUCACCAGGAGUCAAUGCAAACAAAGCAAAAGUCUUUUCUUCAGCGAGUGGAGGCUCUCGAUGAAGAGCGCGAGGAACUGCAGAAACAGUUGGGACAGAAAGAGGAAAGCGAGCUUGACCUCCGCAAUCAGCUGCAGCAGAUGUCAGAGGAUAACAAACAACUGCGAACGCGGCUCUCUUCACAGCAGGUGUUCUGAAGAUCGUCCGCAACCCAUUACCUUUAUAAUCAACCGGUCAUACCACCAAAUUACACUGCCGAACGUGUGCUAUUCUUUCCGAACAGGACCGUUGUUCACAGCUACAAAGUGAG